UCUACAAGUUUUUGUUUUAAUUUUCCUUUCCUUUUUAAUGCAGGAAACUCGAAUACAAUAGUGGCUCUUGCUGGGAACAAGGCUGAUUUGUUAGAUACGAGGCAGGUGUCAGCAGAUGAAGCAAAGGCGUACGCUCAAGAGAAUGGUCUCUUCUUCAUGGAAACUUCUGCCAAAACAGCUACCAAUGUGAACGACGUGUUCUAUGAGAUUGUGAAGAAACUGCUUCAAGGGCAGCAGGUUCAGAACCCACAAGGCAGGAUGGUUCUCAACCAGAGACCACCUGAGAGGAUG